UUAAUGAGCUCGCUCGAGGCGAGGGCAGGAGCGGAUUUAAAAGAGGCCUGGGCGGGCGGAGGGAGGCUGUGGAGAGAGCCCGAGCGCGAGAGGAGCGCAGCAGCAGCAGCAGCAGCAGCAGCGAGCGAGGCUACCACCGCCGGGCCGGGCGAAGCGGCAGCGAGUGGAGCCAGGAGGCGCGCUCCGGGCAGAAAGAGCCUGCCGCCCGCCGAGCCGGCGCCCGAAAGCGCGGGCUCCCUCCCCGAGUCCCUGCUCCCGCGCCGUGGCCCCGGCCAGCAUGAGGCUCCUGACGGCCGCGCUGCUCCUGCUGCUCCUGGCGCUGUGUGCUGCGCGCGUGGACGGGUCCAAAUGCAAGUGCUCCCGGAAGGGACCCAAGAUCCGCUACAGCGACGUGAAGAAGCUGGAAAUGAAGCCAAAGUACCCGCACUGCGAGGAGAAGAUGGUUAUCAUCACCACCAAGAGCAUGUCCAGGUACCGAGGUCAGGAGCACUGCCUGCAUCCCAAGCUGCAGAGCACCAAGCGGUUCAUCAAGUGGUACAACGCCUGGAAUGAGAAGCGCAGGGUCUAUGAAGAAUAGGGUGAAAAAUCCCCCGAGGGAAAACGUCACACCGGUCAGGAGACGAGCAAAGGACUUUGCCGAUUAAACAAACAAACCCUUUCUUUCUCACAGGCAUAAGACACGAAUUAAACAUGGUUACCCAGCACUUUUACCGAGGGUCGGUGGUUCGUUUUAUAGCUGCGAGCAAAAGGCUUCCAGAUGUGAGAGCCUUCUCUCGCGCUCCAGACACCAUCACAAGCUGCUUUUUACUGAAAAGGGGGAAAACUCAUGCAUUUCCUUUGUUUAAA